CAACCUUGACAUCUGUACCUAACACCUACUACUACUAGUAAUAUUAUCAUAUUUUCGUUUUGUAAACAGAUUUUUUUCUUAAUCAGUACAAUUAAAAAUAGUGCUUUCACGUGAGAGAUUAAUACAGGCUACUGGCUGUCCAGGUUACUCAGAUUCGAAUUCUCCCUUCUCCCUCGGGAAUCCCCCAGUUUUUGUCAAUGCACACCAGUCCCUACAACCCCAUUCCAAAAACUGGCCUAAAAAAGGCCUAAAACUGAAAGAAAGAAAGAGACUAUUCAGUUUUCACCAAUCUCCUCCUCCUCCACCACCCCCCACCACCUUCAUUUUGAACCCAUAAACUUUCUGGGCUUCCAUCUGUAAAGAAGAGAACUACCCACUCAAAGCUAAAAAAAAAGGCAAUCUUUCUAAGCUCAAGCAAUGGGUUUUUCCUUUUCCUCUAUUUUCUCCUUCUUCACUCUGCUGGUCCUGUUGAUAGCUCCAUUACCAGCACUUUCUGAGCUUAAAACUACUCCAGAUAUUGAUUCUACUCUGUCUACUUUGCUUACUAUCAAAGCCUCUUUAGACCCAUCAGACCGCAUUCUUUCCUCCUGGUCUUCCAAUGCUACUAACCCAUGCAAUGGCUCAUUUGAAGGCAUUGCUUGUAAUGAGCUUGGUCAAGUGGUCAACAUUUCUCUCCAGGGGAAAGGGCUUGAUGGAAAAAUCCCUCCUGAGAUUGGCCAGCUCAAGAGCUUAUCUGGGCUCUAUUUGCAUUUCAAUAAACUCCAUGGCCCUGUGCCUAAGGAGAUAUCUAAUUUGACUGAUCUUUCUGACUUGUACCUCAAUGUGAAUAGUCUUUCUGGUGAAAUUCCUUCUGAGCUGGGAGAUAUGUCCAAUCUUCAAGAAAGUUGGAGUCUUGGCUGCUAGAUCUCUGCUUGCAUGUUUUGGGUGCAACAACUUUAUGACUGGCUGGCCCUUAAUUUCACUUGAAUGAACUUCAUUUUAAAAAUGAUCUUCCUUUGUGUCUUGUCUCACCUUAAGUUAUUGGACUAAUUUGUCUCGUCAAGGAUUCAUUUACUAACUUUAGGAGCUCUCAUAUUUUCUAAACAUUACUUUUCUGCCAUAGUCACUAGCUGUGUGGUCACUGUUUAUACCUUUUUGAACUUUUGAUAUAUUGCGGCCUUGACGGUCACAUGAAACCUUUUUGAAUAUUUAGUAGGCUCCUCUUUAGUGUCCUGUGUGGAAGCUUGAUUUUUGCACAAAAAAGGGUUGUCCUUUGUACCUUUUAUGGUGCUUAUCCCUUCAAAAUGCUAGACCAGAUAGUGUAGGCGUGCUAAACCUUAAGAUUUUCCAUUUGUAAAUUAACUUUCCAUGAUUAUACAAAACCUCAAGGUUCAGAAGUGAAUGUGGAGGAGAUGCUUCUAGGGAAACAGGAUUGAACUAAUUAGUAAUGCUUGAUAUGGUGAUCUUUUUGAUGGAAUAUACACCUUGUAAUGCUGCAAAAGUGCAAAGACAACUUUGCUUCUUUAAGUUUGUUGAAUAGGUUAGGACUAAUAUCAUCUUGUCUGUCCUUUAUCCACAGUUCUGCAACUCUGUAACAAUAAGUUUUCUGGGAGCAUUCCUUCUCAGCUUGGAAAUCUGAAGAAGCUGAAUGUUCUUGCUUUGCAAUACAAUCAGUUGACUGGAGCUAUUCCCGCAAGUCUUGGCGAUUUGUUGCUAUUGAAUAGAAUGGAUUUGAGUUUCAACCAACUUUUUGGUUCAAUUCCAGCAAAACUGGCCAAUUCUCCAAAAUUGGAAUAUCUGGACAUCAGAAAUAAUACUUUAUCUGGAAACGUCCCACUAGCCUUGAAGAGACUGAAUGAAGGAUUUCAGUAUGAAAAUAAUCCAGGCUUAUGUGGUGACUUUCUCACCUUGAGUGUCUGCACUGAUUCUGGAGGAAACUCCAACAAACCCGAACCUUUCGGGCCUGGUUCAAGUCGUCUUCCUUCUAAAUCAAUCCCUGAGUCAGCAGAUGUACAACCAAAUGGUAAAAGUCAGUCCAAAAGACCACGAACUGCUGCUAUUGUCGGAAUUAUUGGCCUAUUUGCCGUUGUGUCUGUAAUUGGAGCUUUCACGUUCACAUGGUACCGACGCCAAAAACAAAAAAUUGGGAGUGCUUAUGACGCAUCAGAUUGUCGACUCAGCACUGAUCAGGUCAAGGAGGUGUGCAGAAGGAGUGCAUCUCCUCUCAUAAGUUUGGAGUAUUCCCAUGGCUGGGAUCCAUUGGCCAGGGGCCAACAUGCAAAUGGUUUCUCGCAGGAAGUUUUUGAAAGCUUUAUGUUCAAUCUGGAUGAAGUAGAGUCUGCUACACAAUAUUUCUCUGAGAUGAAUCUGUUGGGCAAAAGCAGUUUCUCAGCUAUAUACAGGGGAAUACUGCGGGAUGGAUCUGUAGUUGCUAUCAAGUGCAUUUCCAAGACUAGCUGCAAAUCUGAUGAAGCUGAAUUCUUGAGAGGAUUAAAGUUAUUGACCUCAUUGAAGCACGAAAAUCUUCUGAGGUUAAGAGGCUUCUGUUGUUCAAAAGGAAGGGGAGAGUGCUUUCUUAUAUAUGAUUUCGUCCCUAAUGGAAACUUAUUGCAAUACCUUGACACAAAGCAUGGGAAAGGCAAGGUUCUUGAAUGGGAUGCCAGAAUUUCAAUUAUUAAAGGCAUAGCAAAAGGUAUUGAGUAUUUGCACGGGGACAAGGGAAAGAAACCUCCUCUAGUCCACAGGAAUAUAUCAGCUGAAAAGGUGCUCAUUGACCAACAUUACCAUCCAAUGCUCUCAGAUUGUGGAUUACACAAAUUAUUAGCAGACGACAUCGUCUUCUCCACCUUGAAGGGUAGUGCUGCAAUGGGAUACUUAGCUCCUGAAUAUACCACUACUGGUCGUUGCAACGAGAAGAGUGACAUAUAUGCCUUCGGCAUGAUUAUAUUCCAGAUACUCUCUGGAAAAUGUAAAAUCUCUCAAAUAAAUCGACAAGGGGCUGAGUUGGGCAGAUGCGAGGACUUCAUGGAUGCAAAUCUUCAGGGUGACUACAGAGAAUCUGAGGCAACCAAACUUGGGAAAAUUGCAUUGCUUUGCACCCAUGAAGCGCCCAAUCAUAGGCCUACUAUUGAAGUUGUGAUGCAACAACUGGAUUCCAUUUAGCUGCAGUUACUGGUUCCUCGUCGACCAGUUUCUAGUGACAUUAUGAAGAUUAAAUCGCUAACUUCUUAGUGAUGUAUGAAGGAUAGUUUUUGCAAGUGCAAUGCACCUGCUCUCUGUUAUUUUGUAGGAUCUAGGAAUUAAGGAUUAUGCUAGGAUAUUCACUAGUCAUUCAUAUCAGUAUCAAGUUAGGAAUUGACUUGGUGAGCCCCUUCACUUGCCAGACCGUAUCAUAUGUAAUGUGCACCCGGUCCGUAGCUGUCAGUGCCAACAAGUUUUAUUGAAUUUCUAAUCACCUGGCUCGCGCUAAGGUUUCUGAACUGCUUAUAGUCAUUACAACCAUGGGCAUAGUCUUUACUGCGUUCUAUUUGUUUGUAAUUUUGGACAAAAGCCUGUGGAGGCUAAUCAUUUUGAAAUGGACUUCCUCUUGAAAUAGGGUUUAAUUUCACACACC